UUAAACUAUUUUCUGCUGUAUCUAGUAGAGACAUCCGUAAUGGCUCAUCACACCCUUUCGACAGCUUGGCAUAGCAAAAUACUGAAGAAGGAAUACCAAAACUGGUUGGCAGUUGGUCACGCCCUCUCACUUAUGUUGGAUGGUCUGAGACCUUACAUCGAACGAGAAAUGAAGACUUUCCAUCGGGUUUUGCUCUUAAAUCUCGCAACAGUGCCUCCGUGUAGGUGUCCUACACCGACCAAGCACACUUGUGCGUGGGCUGCACAAUUGGUGAGGUGCCACAGAGGAGGCAAACCAAGUUCACCAAAAUGGCAUCAGAGCGACUCUUCAGCAUGGACAGAUCCUCAUCGUGGAGUUUGGGAAGUGGCCAAGCUUUUCAUGUCUGAUUUAGGCACCAGUAAGACUACUGUGGUAAACGCAAAUACUACUGACUGUACUGGACUUAUUAACCUCUUGUUUUGGUGUGUUCAUUUUCCUGUACAACGACACGUAGUUGAAGCCGUCCGAGAGACGCGAAACACAAAAUGGGGCCACGCUCCAAGGCAAGAACUCACCGACAGCGAACGAGCAGAUGCUUUAACUGCAAUCCGAAAUCUCCUCCUAGAUACGCAGCUUAAGGCUGACGAUGAUGCGAAAACCGCCCUUAAAGAAAUCACGUUAAUGGAGGCGACCUUUGAUGCAGAAAGCGUAGAAAGAAAAGUGUUGGCUGACUUUCAAGUUGCGGUUUAUGGUCAGUUGGGGGAUAUCGAAGGUGAAAUGAAAGAUUUUAAGAGGUGCUGCAAAAGCGUCAGCAAUAAAAUACGAAAGAAACUUGGUGGCCUUGAAAAGCGACAAAAGAAAGCGACUGAGCUCUUACAAAAUAUAAAGGACAGAGUAAAAGACGAGGAGAGAAGAAAUAUUUCCUUUUUCACCCUGACCUGGAGAGAAAUAUCAUGGACUCUUAAAAAAACUAAACGAUGUUUUGUUGUAAAUCUCUGCAGUUUGAGUACGAGGUCUCUGACAUUUUGGAUGUUUUUAGCCAUCCUGCUGGGAUGCUUUAAAUGUCUGAGCCACAAUUCUUAUAAUGAUGGUAAGUUUCAUUUCUGUCCAACGAAGAAAACCGUGAAUUACAGCAAAGAUCAGGAUACGCGAGGGUGAGCAAGCUACAAACCACAAUCUAAUAAACACUAGCGUGUUGUUGCUUGCGUUUUUAUUUUCCCACGCCUGAUUUCUUUGCAACACAAUAGCAAUCCAUAAUAGCUAUCCCUUUUCCAGAUUGUGCUGCAACGUAGGAUAUGCUUAUUGGUAGGGAGAGGGAUAGGAUCUGUAGACCGGUUCUAGUGUUCAGUAAAAUAUUUGCAAAAAAACAACAAGUCAACAACAACAACAAAACAAAACAAAACAAGAAAUGCGAAUUACUUCAGAUUCCUUUUAUUUUAAAUUUUACCUGACCUUCGCCGACAAAAACACUUUUUUUACUGUCAAACUCACAAAACCGUGAACACCAGAAAUACUUAUGGAAUGUUAUUGUGUUGAGAGGAGAAAGCCAGUGAGGCGCGAGAAACUGACUUCACCGCAAACAGCAAUGGUAAUUAGUUUGUGGCCUCGAGUGUUUGCUGGCAUGUCCUGAACUUAAUUGUGAUUGGUCUGUACACAAUCAACAUUCCUGAAAUUUUUCAGGUGUUCGCGGUUUUCUAAGUUUACAGUAAAAGGCCGAAGAAUAUUUUAGUUUUGAGAAAGUCCAAAUGGCUAGGGUAGUUUGAUGAUCACAUAGGAAAAGGUCUUACGCAUUUAUUAGUUUAAAUCGCAUAUUUAUGUGUAGCGUUAAUAUCAGAACAAUUUACAUUAAGUAAUUAGCGGCUCGAAUUCUUUUCCAUGGCACCCAAUCACCAACAAGAUGAAUUCCGGCUCAACUUUUCGCAAAGAAAACGCCGUUUGUUUCCUUGCAAAGAGUCAUUUUCAUCUGCACAAAAAAAUGAAAUAGAAAUGUUAGAAGUAUCUCUGGGCGGUGUGACGGAAUCCAUCUUAUUUGAUCGAGCGUCCGAAGAUUAGACCUCGUCGCGCGAAACUGGCGUAUCAGUGUCAACCCUAACUGAACAAGUCAUGACGUCAUGCGCGGUACUAAUGAAAGGUUGUUCCCGUUCACCGGUCAACUCUUUCCAUUCGAACAUUGAACGUCCUACACUAAUCGCAUUUUGAACUUGCAUGUGGUACACCUGCUAUUCAAUUGAAUUAUUUUAUAGCCAAGGACAUUCCCCUCACUCCUUUAACGCUCCACUCGACAAACAACUCGUAUGCUUGAUUUUAUUAGGUUGCCCUCUGGAAGUUGGAGAUGUCCCGUUUGACACCAAAGAGUUCAAUUUUACGAGCCAUCUGAACAACGCUCGAGAGCGCUUCACGGGGCGGCUUUGGCUUUACAAUGAAUUGGAGUCUCUUUUGUUGGACUCACAAGGCAACGUCGUCCAUGGGGUUGUGGUGGUCGGUAAGCCAGGGGUUGGAAAAUCUGCUUUAAGUGCACAAUUAAUUUGUUCCCGAGCAUCCAGUCCUUACAUUCACAAGAGAAUUAUUGGCUAUCAUCUUUGCAAGUACUCAGACAAAGCCACUCAAGAUCCUGGUCUCUUUGUUCGCAACUUAGUCGACUUGAUAGCCAGAAGGAUUCCUGAGUACGGAAUGCUGAUUUAUAACAGUUCUUUUAUUUCGAGAGUUCUUCAACGAAAUUGCUUGCGAGAUCCUUAUGACUGUUUUGAACAAGCUAUUGCCACUCCCUUGAGACAGGUAAAGAACAAACUUCGUCAUUACUUUAUAAUAAUAGAUGCCUUAGACGAAUGCGCCUCUGAUAGCGCUGGGACUUCGUUAGUACAAUUUGUAAAGGACACUUACAACAGACUUCCCACAUGGGUGGGUCUUGUGAUGACGUCACGUAAUGACUCAGCUGUAUUGAAUCUUUUUGGCGGUUUUCCAAAGGUGCACCUGUCUUCUUCAGAUGCGAGAAACUUGCAAGACAUUGAAAUUUUUAUAGCUUCAAUGUUAUUUGAAGAUACACCUUUCCUUGAACAGGUGAAAGUGACGUUAGGCCUCAGUAGCAGUGACGAGGUCACUUAUCUCACAAACAAGCUAUUGACUCAAAGUGAAGGAAACUUCUUAUUUGCAAAGUUGAUGCUUCAUUACGGAAAGGAUGACUGGCACAAUCAGGCUGAUCUCAACAAGCUGCCGAAAACAAUGGGUGAACAAUACGAGAGAUACUUGAGAAGGGCUUAUGGAUCGAGAGAGAAAAUUAGACCUGCACUUGCAAUAUUGGAAAUCCUGGUUGCUACCUUUGAGCCUCUGACGGCAAAUCAGAUUUUUGAGGUUUUACGCAUUCAAGAAAAGAUAGACUUUGAGUAUGACUUUGUUUAUGCUCUCAACGGACUUUCCCAUUUUGUUACUUAUGCGGAGGAUAAUACCAUUACUCUUUUUCACCAGACGUUUAGAGAAUGGUUGACGAGUAAGGACAACCUUGGGAGACCGUAUUAUGUCAGCAGGAGUCGAGGGCAUAGACGUUUGAUGGAAUAUUAUGUUAGUGUCCUGAGAAACAACUCAAAUUCCUCAAUGGACAUUUAUCGCUUAGCACAGCACAUAAGCUUUGCUGAAGAGGCCGAUAACUAUCUCGAUGAAUUUAGGAAUAUCAACGCUAGCUACAUUAAUGCAACCAUUGACAAUGACAAACGCACUCUUCUACAUCUUUCUGCCUCUAAAAGUAACAGAAAGGUCCUUCAGAUACUUAGUGAAGCGUUUGAGGACAUCGACUGUGAGGACAGCUAUGGGUUUACUCCAGCAUUUGUUGCUGCAAUAAACGGUCGAGCAGAAAACGUCAACUAUCUUUUAAGUAAAGGAGCCUAUAUAGAGCAUCGGACAAGAGCACCUUUGUCACCAAGCUUCUUGUGGGGCGAUCUAAUUGAAAGGUCCAAAACAUCCUUCUGGAAUUCUACAAUGAUGCACGCUGCUGCUUGGGGUGGCCAUAGUGAUGUUGUACAAUUACUGCUACGAAAAAAUGCUUCAUUUACGGACGUUAAUGGUGUUAACGUGACAGCGAUCCAACUUGCGGCACAGAAUGGACACUUGGAAGUUGUUCAGUUGUUGCACGAACGUAAAGCGCAGAUAGAUCACUUGUCUCUUCAAUAUGCUGCAUUUGGAGGCCAUGCAAAUGUAGUCGCGUAUUUAUUAAAGUUUGGCGUAGAAGAUAUUUGCAUGCGAUGUGAUGGGUCCUUUUACUGGCUCCAAAACCGAACUGGAACUCAUUUAAGUCCUGGCUAUUCGGAGGAUGCUGUUUUGUCGGACGACAGGUUUAAGAUUUUUUGUCAGAGUGCCUUACACCUAGCAGUUGCAGAAAAUCACACCAAAGUUGCACAGCUGCUCCUCUUACAGGAAUAUAAGACAAUUCAUUGCACCGACUUUACAGGUAGAACUCCUCUUCAUGAAGCUGUUAGGCAAAACCAUGUUGAGAUGGCAGAGUUGCUUAUUAAGGGUGGAGCAAAACUCUCUCACAAAUGUAGACGCUUUCAGAAUUUAACUUCUGCGAAUGUAAGCUAUCAUUUAAGUUUAGAGGAAGAACACGAAUACAACAAAGACAGAUGCCAUUGCGGUUCGACUCCUUUCCAUCUGGCUGCAAGGUAUGGUCACGUUGAUGUAGGAACCCUGUUAUUACGUUACGGAGCAAAGACUGACGAUAGGGACUGUCAAGGAGCUUCACCUCUACAUAUAGCUGCAUGCCAUGGACAUUACCUAUUCAUAAGGUGGCUUAUUUCCCAAAGGCCGUCUCUUCAUAUUAACACACGAAGCAAAAACCAGUCUACAUUACUUCAUAGUGCUGCUAUUUGUAAGAACAAUAAGAGAGUCAAACCCUUGAUUGACAUGGGAGCUAGCAUUUAUGACACUGAUGAGCAUGGAAUGACUCCAUUGCACUACACUGUGCUUAAUACUUUUGAAAACACUGAUACUGUAAUGUUCCAAGCCUCCACGUGUGUUGAUGAACCUAUAUUCGUUUGGGGGUCAGAGGGAGAUUUUACUUUUAAGGCGGACGAUUUUAACCCCAUUACAAGGACAGUGCCAUUGAAUUUUCAGUGCUUAAAGCUGUUAGAAAUAACCGAAUUGACAAAUUCUUCCUUCGUCAAUCAAGCCGAUGAAAAAGGUUUAACAGCUCUACACCUUGCAGCCAAAAAUGGAGAAGAGUGUUGUGUCAUUGAGCUCUUAAAAAAGAGAGCGCGCACAGACUUAACAGAUGAUAAAGAUAGAACCCCAUUAGAUUUGGCCAUCGAAUUCCCAACGGAAGAGUUGUGUUAUCGUCCCUAUGUAACGGAAUACGGUUCAUCGAUGAAAUUUUAUGACAAUUUUGAUUUUUAUCGGGCAGUGACCCUGAGAAAUCACAACUCUGUCGCUAACAUUCUGCUGUCAACGGAGGCCUAUUUGGCACCAAAAUGCGAUGGAAAACAGACCUAUCCCUUACACCGUGCAUUUGAGAAAGAUAAACCAUUCAUUGCUGACAUCAUACUUUCCAAGGGUGAUCUUCUUAGCUGUAAAGAUAAACAUGGACGGACCCCUCUUUUAAUCUACUUGCAGAAUGGAGGCAGGUGGCUUGAUGUUGUCUUGAAACGCUUCAACGUAACCAUUCAAAUCGAAUGUAACAAACAGUUCAACGUUUCCGAGUUCCAUUUAGUAGCCUUCAGGAAACCGACAGUGUUAUCCGAAAACCUUGUGCAGCAGUACACAUGUGACUUACAUAUGUGUUACUCAGAAGAUGGCCCUCUUGUAAAAGCCAUAAAGACUCAUCCCUUAGGGUUUCGCGUCAUCGACGAAUGUCGUGACGCGGAGGGAUACACAGCUUUACACCGAGCCGCUCAAGGGGGAAACUUGUUGGUCCUGAAGACGUUUAUUUCUUUGGGGGCCAAUCCGACUCUUCUGACCCCACAGGGGUACAGUGCUUUAGAUCUUGCCAUAAUGUCGGGUAUACGUCCUUUCAGUUCAUUUAACGCAAGAAGCAGUGCAGAAAAAGCGGCGGAUAUCCUACUUCAAGCUACCCGACGCACUUCAGCUGUCAAUGUUGGAUGUAACAGUGCGAAGCUGAACCUGACAAUAUAUCACUUGUCGGCUUACGGAGGUCUGUCUGGUUUUGUCAAGACACUGUUAAACAGUAAACACGUCCUUGGUGUCGAUGUAAACUGUUCAAAUAUGCAUGGGAUAACACCUUUAUACCUCGCCAAAUUGCACGUUGGGACAGAAAAUAAUGGAAAACGCGAAGAGGACCCAUGGCAGGAAAUUGUUGGUUUGAUUGAGGAACAUGGAGGUAGGCUAAUUUAUCCAAAUCGAGAGGUAGAACUUAAUGUACUUUACAAACAUUUAUUUGGUGGUCAUCUCAACCGCUUCGCUUUGGAUCAGUCGGAAUUACUCAAUGAACGUUUUUACAAGAGUGUUGUCACCCAGUGCAAACAACAUGACAUGAAUCAUUAUGAGACUGGAACUAUGGAAAACCCUUAUGAAGUACCUCUUCAUGAUAAACUAAGGUGGUUAACAUCUGUACAUGCGCAACAGCGUAAUCAAAUAGUACCUCGAGAUUUAUCUCAACUGCGGACCACCCUUAACACUCUUUAUGCCGUAGAGAGAGCGACCUUAGAUUUGUCUAGUUUAUUUAAUGAUGUUUCGAGAGGGCUGGAAAGUGCGAAUAGAGUGAUCAUACGAAGACGUAAAACGGCUAAUAAAUCCACAACUCUUUCCGUCAUAUCUUCAAAACUAAACUUAUCCCUAGGCCUGCUGAGGAAAAAGGUAAUAGAGAGCGAAGAAAGGCUACGGGAGACGCGUUUUAGGUACGAGUCGACGAAUGCGAUUUUAUUACACAGAAACAGAUACCUCAAACAGAUCUUCCGUGAACAUAGCAGCGUUUUUGGAGACGCCAGUACCGUUUUUGAACUUCUUGCAAAAUAUGAAGAAAGUUACUUGUGCAUGGAUGAGAUUUUUCAUGCCAAAGUUAUGAUUCUGAAAUUUCAUAAUUAUAUUCAAAAAUCUAGAACAGACGACCUUUUCAAUUUAAUGCGAACUACACUUGAGGAAGCUGAGUUCAUAUCCCAAAGAAUUCCAACAGAAUGGAAAACGAAAACGGAAAGGCGAAAAAAGAAAGUAUGGACACCGACCUGGAGCAGAGCUUUAAAGUUUCUUUACCAACAGGCAACUCAGAGGGAUUUCAACUUUGAUUACCUUCAAGUUCUUUCUUUGGGACUGGACAAGGAAACUCGCCUUCCACUGAACGAGGACGCGCUAUAUUCUCUUUUGCAAGAUGGUUAA